UAUCCGGUUUUAGCAUGCAUUUUAUUCCUCGUUGCACCUUCUUUUCCGCAGGAAAAUGACAUCUUUCAAAGAAUUUUUAGAAUUAUUCAGAACAUUGAAAGGUUUAAUUAAAUAUUUCUGAUUUUAGUAACAAUCUGCCUAUGAGAAUGGCAAAUUUCUUCAAUUUUGCGAUACUUAUGAUCUGUUUUCAAGUUUCUGUUUCACAAAUAGAUGUUGGGAAUAUUGAUUGUAAGAAACACCUUCAUUCAUUCAAGGAUUGGUGCAAAAAAAUAGGCUGCAGAGGACGUUGCACAAGCUCCUGUAUAGACGAUGAAAAGCAAAUCUGGGGAACGGAAACAUAUACUUAUGAUUCUCCAAUCUGCAGAUCGGCACUUCACGAUUUACGCAUUUCGUCUUGGAAUAAUUCACUUCGCACUGUCGAAUUUCAGUAUUUAGGUGAUGUAAAAGUAUACGUUGGAUCUCUAAGACAGAAUAUUGAAACAACAGAUUAUGGAGGUCUUUAUACUCCUUCAAAUGGUUGCUAUGUUUUUAAAAGUUCAAGGAUAACAGAAGAAAUAUUAGACAUUAUUUCACUUCAUCAUAAUUAUUUCGUGAAUAAUGGUGACACACAUACAUUGGAAUGCCGAAUAUCUUCAAACGAUUCCGGGAGGAAAAUAUAUUUCAGUAAAUUCCGAGACAGCAAAGAGUUUGAAGAAUCUGCAAAACGCAGAGGAUCGUAUAUAUCUUAUAAUCAUUCCUGGACUGAAACGGGUGGCUUUUGGUGUAAACCUGAACGAAGUAUGCUUUCGGGUGUACUUUCGCACUCGAUGAGAAAAUAUCCUGAAUUUCUGCCAACUUCGUUUACGAUAACAAAGAGCAUCAAAGAUAAAAUUGAAAUAAAAAUGAAUUCAAGCACACGUUCUAGAAAUUGGAGAAAGAACGAAAAGGAGUUUACUGGAUAUUUGAAUAGAUUUUUUGGUAGCGAUAAGGCCGAUUUGUAUUUAAAAUUCAAUUCCUUGCAAAUUGGAGAUGGAGGUCUUUACAGUCUUGGUAAUUACAAUUUCGAAAAUCGGGGAAUUACAAGACUAAUAGUUCGAGUUUGUAAAGAUGGAAUUUAUGGUCCUCUUUGUGAACACCAAUGUCCCAAUUGUCUAAAUGGAGGAGUAUGUCACGAUUUGACUGGCGACUGCAUCUGUCCACCAGGAUUCAAUGGAACUCUUUGUGAAAAUGCCUGUGAGCCUGGAUUCUUCGGAAAAGAUUGUAGCCAACAAUGCUUUAAUGACCAGAACGAGGGAAUUAACUGUGCAGAAAUCCUCUUCUGCUUACCAGAUCCAUAUGGAUGUUCUUGCAUCAGCGGUUUCACUUCUGUCUUUUGCAAUGAAUCGUGUGCUACGGGAUUCUAUGGUGCAGGAUGUACUCAGAAAUGUUCUAAUUGCAAAAAUUCAAACGAAUGCGAAGCGAAAACCGGCAAGUGUGCAGACGGGUGUGAAGAAGGAUGGCAUGGAACUCCUUGUGUGUUAAGUUAUCCCGUAUUCAAAAAUACUCCAACUGUAAAAGCAGUAACAUCAAAUAGCAUUGAAUUGACGUUUCAGGAAUGGGAACAAGAUAAAGAUAAAGGAACAGGAACUCCGAAUUAUUAUACAGUUCAAUAUAAAAAAAAUGGUUUGGAGAAUUCUGAGUGGGAGGACGGCGAAGAAAUAAAGGCAAACAGUAGUUCUAAUAACAGUUAUAUCGUAAGUUUGACAAAUCUUCAGUCCGAUAAAACUUAUAUCAUAAGAAUUAUCAUUAAAGACAUAAGUGGACACGCGCAAAUGAACGAUGCACCUAUUUUGAAAGCAUCAACACUCUGUGGAAUUCCGGAAGAACCACCAAAAGACAUUUCGAUAAAUACGACAUCCUCGACAAAAAUCGUCGUGAAUUGGAAACUUCCUUUAGAAGAAACUUGGAACUGUAGAAAUAUUUAUGUUAAUAUAUUUUAUAAUUCUUCCAACGGAAAAAGUUUCCGCCAGAAUAAGACUGAUAACAGUUUUAUUAUAACAACUGAACCAUUUACAGAAUGGAAUAUAGCAUUAAGACUUGGUAACGAAGAUUUUUUUAGUGAAUGGUCAUCGUUGAUUAACGUUAUCUCUGCUCAAGACGCUCCUUCAAAGGUGGAAAAUUUAAAUGCACACAAUGUUACCGAUAGUCGGGUUUAUCUCACCUGGGACAAGCCUAACAAAGAAAACGGAAUCAUCGUCAAAUACAUCGUUCGUUAUCGACAAGAAAAAUGGCUUCAUUCUUGCACAUCAGUUAAUAAUUCUGCUUUAACGAAAGAUGUUGACGCAAACGAAAAUUCAAUUAUCAUUGAAACUUAUCCAAAUUCUAAAUACACGAUUAGUGUUUCUGCACUAACAGUAAAAGAAGGGAAAGAAGCUUCUGUAAAUGUUAUGACCAAAGAAAGUGUUCCCGAUGGACCUCCUCAGAACCUAAGACACUUCAAUAUUGAAAAGGAUCGCGUGGGAAUAGAAUGGAAACCGCCUCUGUGUUCUCUCUCUUAUGGAAAAAUAAUAGAAUAUCAAUACGUUUUGAAUUCAAAGGAUCCUUGGGAAAAAAGGAAGAGAAGUGGAAAAACAACACAGAUUUACGAAUAUGUUUAUAAUCUUGUUCCAUUCACUGUUUAUACGGCACGAGUUUAUGCGGGAACGAAAAUCGGAUUUAGCAAAUACUCUGCUGAAAUUGAUUUUACAACAAAAAGUGACAAACCACCGGCACCUACAAAUUUCACGAUUUUUCUCAGCACGGAAAGCAUUUUAUCAAUGUCUUGGAUUCCUCCUUAUCCUCCAAAUGGAGUACUUCAGAAAUAUGUUAUAGAGUACUGCUCACUUGAAAGUUCUUAUUGUCGGAAAACACAAAAAGUAGUUAAUACUAAUGAAGUUAAGUGCUUAGACGAUAUCAGAAAAAGUCGACAUUGCUACACUUUAACUGAUCUAAAAGGAAAUCAAAAAUAUAAAAUCGAGAUCACAGCAUAUAACGAACACAUUUAUGGCGGAAGUGAAACAGUCACUACAAGUGGUGAAACAAAAGAAUAUGUACCAGAUCCACCUAAAGAGACAGAAAUAGCUAAUAUUACGGAACAUUCGGUGGAUAUUAUCUGGUCUUUACCCGUAAGAUCAAAUGGACAAUUGACUGGAUACAGGAUAAACAUCACUGUAGCAGAGUCCUUCAAUAAUAGUAUUAUAGGAAGCACACAAGAGAAGUUAACAAAUCCUAACACUAGAAGCUGUACAUUUAUUAAUUUGCACCCAGCUACUAAGUAUAAUGGUACCAUAGAAGCUAGUACCAAAAUUGGUUACGGGAAACCUCUUUAUUUUCAGUUUACAACAAAAGUUUCUGGUAUGUCGCCAGUACGAGAUAUUAAUCCAAAUUACAAACUACCGAAUUUGAUUUAA